GGUGUGGGCGCGCACAACGCGGGCAGCGGGGGUGGGGGGGCGAGCCGUAGCAAGGCCGGCUCGCCAGAAGCAGCUGAGGAAUAACGGAGUAGCGGGCCCCGGCGACUGCGGCGCUGACACUCUGCAGCUGCGAGCUAGCCCCUGGCUUGUCAGCGGGGCUCUGUCUGUACCCGCGGCCCUCCACCCCUCCCCUCCCCCCCCCGGCCCCAGCUGGAAGUGCGAGGGCCGGGAAUGCAUGGAGCUGGGGGAGGGCCCGGGUGCCCGGAUGUCGAUCAAGAUGAGUGUAAUCCAACCCUGCGGUAGCCAGCCUGGGCUCAGGGACUCGGGGCUCGGGCAGCCAGCUGCGUGGUGAUAUUGUAGAGGGGCACGUUCGCGGGAAGCGGGCAGGAAGGCAGCCGGCAGAUGGAAGAGAAGGUUUUGGCAGAGGGGUAGAGCCUGGACAGCUGGGGAAAGAGCCCAUGGACAGAGGACGCUUGGCAGUAUAAACUUCACGAUGGCUGCCCAGUCGAGCUUGUACAACGAGGAUAGAAACUUGCUGCGUAUUCGAGAGAAAGAGAGGCGGAAUCAGGAGGCUCUGCAGGACAAAGACAAGUUCCCCGAGAAGACUCCCCUCUUUGCAGAACCCUACAAGACUAAUAAAGAAGAUGAGUUGUCAAGCCGAAUUCAGAACAUGCUGGGCAAUUAUGAGGAGGUCAAGGAGCUCAUCAGCAACAAAUCCCAUCAGAAUCUCAUAGGGAUUCCAAAAAGUGUUCCUCCUCUGAUCCCACAAGGAAAGCCUGACCGCCCAUACUUCCCUGAAAAAAGCAGCCAUACUUUACCGUCAUCAUUCCACCGCACAACCUGCCAUCCACCCAUGGUACCUACAGUUGUAGCUCCUCCCCCUGCAAGCCACUCCAUACACUACCAAAAGGCACAGUCAAGAACAGAACCAGCUUCUGGUUUGCACACCAAGAGUCACAGCUUAUCCAGUGGUUGGAGCCAUGGUCAAGAACACAGUCGUGGUGGUCAGGAAGGUCACAUAGGUUUUCACCACAAGAGAAAUGAUAGGCGUGCAGUUGGUGAAGGUCGUGCUAAUGAACUUCAGGCCUCCCUUUUGGCACUUUCUCCAUUGCUGUCAUCUUUGUCUUCUCCAGUGACGCCCCUGUCACCUCUACAUUCCAGCCAGCGUGUCAAUUCCAGGUCACAGAAUAGUAGCAGAAGUCAUGGAGUGACUUACAGUCAAACAAAAUCAUCUCAGGACCUAGUGACAGGAUCACAGGAGAAGGAAAGUCGGGACAGCUCAGCCAUUAACCUGACCAGCACCACCCAGCCUUCAUCUCAGACUUUUCCCCCACCUUUGCCAUCAAAAAACAGCGCAAUGCAGCAGAAACCAACUGCCUAUGUCAGACCAAUGGAUGGCCAAGAUCAAGCACCAGUUGAAUCACCGGAGCUCAAACCUCUCCUAGAGGAAUACCACGGAGAACCCUAUGAAAAAAUCUCAGAUCUGAAGGCGACUGCCAAAGCCAAACUAUCCAAAUUGGAAAUCCCUUCUGAGCCCAUAGAGCAAACCUUCCCCAGUGACGUUCACUCCAUUGAAGAAAUUUUGAAGGAAAUGACCCACUCAUGGCCACCUCCCCUGACAGCUAUUCAUACGCCUAGUACAGCGGAGCCUUCCAAAUUUCCGUUCCCAACAAAGGAGUCACAGCAUGUUGGAUCUGUAGCACAGAAUCAGAAACAGUAUGAUGCACCUUCCAAAACCUUGCCUAGUUCUCAACCAAGAACAUCAAUGCUCCAGGACGACCUGCAGCUCAGUGAUAGUGAAGAGAGUGGUGACGACCAAGUUGUUGAAAAGCCACCUCCUUCACUUGCACCUCCAAGUGCCCUCCAGUCCCAGCCCAAGAGUGUGGCAUCAGCACAUUCCAGCAGCCCAGAGUCAGGGAGCACCAGUGACUCAGACAGUUCUUCGGACUCGGAGACGGAGAGCAACUCGAGUGACAGUGAAGCAAACGAGCCUCCGAGAGCAUCAGCGCCUGAGCCUGACCCACCAACUUCUAAUAAGUGGCAGCUCGACAAUUGGCUGACCAAGGUGAACCCACCAGCAGUGCCAACAGAAAGCCUCAGCGAAAUCACUCAUGGGGAUGGAUGCGAGGAGGGCAAGGAGCAGGGGCAGGGCAUCAGCAGCAAUUCCUCCCACCAGCAUGCUGAGCCGAGGGAGCCUCAUCACAAGAGCUCUGGACGAGUGGCCAGGGCUCCUCAGGACACUCAUCUUUCGACGAAACACACUUGCCAGAAGUCUCCUGUGCACGCCGAGGAGCACUUGCCCAGGCAGACUGUGGGUAUCAAAAAGCCCAGCAAGGCCCUGGUGCAUGAGGGGCCCAAGGGAGGCCUGAAGGUGGAGAGUGACACUGGUCCUUUUGAGGUCAGAGACCAGGCUUCCAGAGACAAGCCAAAAGUCAAAACGAAAGGGAAGCCAAAAUCCAGUGACAGAAAAGACCUGAAGCCGGCACUGCAAGAGCCCCCUGAGAACAGAAAGCACAAGAGCUCCCAACAGGCCAAUGCCAAACCCUUGUUGGACCCCAAGCUCAUGAGAGACAUUUUGCUUGGCAGUGCCCAGGAGCAUCUCGCUCUCAGUCCCCUUCCUCAAGGCCAGGGCACAACCCCCACCAGGACUAGUGGCCACAGACCUGCUGCCAUGGGCAGAGAGGAUUUUCACAAGGAGAAACUUCCCUUGCCUAUCAGGGAGAAGAAGUUGCUCUCACCAGUGACAGACUUCCCCACCCCCCAGUCCCUCAUGGUGAAAAUAGACCUUCCUCUCUUGUCAAGAGUCCCCCAGCCCCCUGGAAAAGGCAGUCACCAGAAGAGAGCAGAGGCCAAAGAACUCCCUGGUGAAAGGAAAAAGGACUUGGAGAGGAAAACCACAGAUACUCCCGACAAGUCCCUUCAAAAGAGGAAGAGGGAAGUGGAGAAGGAGAUUGAUAGGAAGAAAAUGAAAUCAGAAAAAGAAACAAAAUCAUUGCAGUCUUCAGCUAACAAAGACUCCAAUAAAUUGAAAGCAUCAAAAACUUCGUCUGAAAUUCAGAAGAAAGAUCUCCUGCUCCCCCUGCCUCUGACACCUGUGUCUUCUGCACAUCCUGCACCAAAGUCAACCAGGGUGGCCCAAAAGAGACCUAGAAGUGAGGCCGGUGAGCUGCCUACCAUGGAUAACAAUGCCAGGAACAGGAGCAACCACAAGGAUCCUUUGUUCCCCAAGCACAAGAAGGGGGAGAGAAAUCACGCUGAACUGUCGAAGGGCAUCAAAGGAUCUGUAGGGGAUGUCACAAAUCCUUUCCCAGUGCCUUCUUUGCCAAAUGGUACCUCCAAGUCAAGUAGACCUCAGCUCAACUUUGAAAAACACCAUCCAAUGGAAUACUACAUAGAAGAAGCCAAGAGGCUGAAGCACAAAGCUGAUGCGAUGACCGACAAGACUGAAAAGGCCUUUCAGUACCUAGAUGCCACCCUUUCCUUCAUUGAAUAUGGGAUUGCCUUGGAAUCAGAUGUACCAGCACCAAAACCAGCCUACAGCAUAUUCAGCGACACCAUAGAUCUCAUCAAAUUCAUCAUGACAUUGAAAUCCUUUACGGACUCAUCAGCAUCUUCACGUGAAAAAAUCUUUGCCGUGUUAUGCAUGCGCUGCCAGUCCAUUCUGCACAUGGCAAUGUUUCGUUACAAAAAAGAUACUGCAGUCAAGUAUUCCAGGAUUCUGAAUGACCACUUUAAGAGUUCUUCCAGAGUAACACAAGCACCUUCUCCGUGUGUUGCAAGAAGCACAGGCAUGCCUUCUCCUCUUUCUCCAAUGCCCUCUCCUGCUGGUUCUGUGAGUUCUCAGCUGGGAUCGAAUGCUAGCAACUGCAGCGGCAACAAUGUUGGCUCUUCAGUCACUGUUCCCUAUAAUAUCCCAAGCAUCACCUCUUCCUACGUCAACAUCACUUCCUAUAUCCUCUAUGCGUGUGAUAUUUGGGAACAGGCUGAUGCACUGGCUGGGAAGAAUAAGGAGUUUUUUGCUGAACUCGGCACAGCGACGUGUGCUCUGGCACUGAACAGUAGCAUGACCGAACUGGUACACUACACUAGACAGGGUUUACAGUGGCUGAGACUGGAAACAAAUACGCCUUAAGUGGUGCUCAAGGUGGUUAAGUACCUUGAACUUUUUUGCACUUUUGAAGCCUCAGAAACAGUCUGACCUGUUGAUUCGUUGGAUACAAAGCAUCUGCAAGGGAAAAUAAAUCAAGGUGGAAGGGAUCUGGUUACACUGGAAAAACUUUGAACUGUGUUUUUAGGGUAGCACUUUGCUGCCUUGAAAAAGAAGAGACGGAGGAAAGCCUCAGCAUUGAUGGCACCUUCCUUUAAAACGACGAAGUGCAAUGAAUUGUCUGAAUGGCUCAAUGUAUUGAUGGUCAAUAAACAUUUCUAUUACGAAUAACCAGCAGGACAAUAAUCACACAUGAAGAAGUGCCGACAAGAAGGAAAUCUGCCUCCAGAGGUUAUUAUGCAACAUCCCACAGUCUGCAACAGCUGUUUGCCCAGAAGACAUGUCAAAGUGUUUUUGCAAGCACAGAUGCAAUCUUUAGUGUCUCUGUUCCUCAGACAGCAAGUAGCAACCUUAUCAGCACCAAUCAGCAUUAUGUUAGAGUAAAAACAGCAAAGUGGUCUGCCCUGCCUGCUUUCCAACCUCACCCUCUUGCAUUUUUCCACCAGCUGCUUGUCCUGAGAAUCAGGGGGGAAGCCGCUGCCUUCAGUGCUGCAAGUUCACUUUUUACGUCAUUGCUGCUUUGAUGCUCUUUGCCAUGCACCUGUUUGCACACAUGCCCUUAGCACCUGAACUGUUACUUACGGUGUUGCUUGGUUUAAGCCUUGUAAGCCAAACACAGCUGGGGUGGCAAAAUGACCAGGUGUGGUUGGAAACAGCUCUGCCCUUCUUUUGUGGUGGAGGGACGUCGCUCACACUGAGAACUCCUUGUCCGGUUGCUUUUUGUCACUUCGAUGGGUUGGGGUGGACAGCUCUGCUGGGUCACUGUGAUUGCUUGGACGUUGUUCUGAGUCUGAGAGCUUACAUGGGGAGGAAUCGCUUCUGUUUAAGGAGAGACUAAGUGUCUGAAUGUGGAACAUAAGACAAAUUUUGCAUUUGGAUAUUUGCCUGCAACUGUAGCUGGUCUUGGUGAAUAUCUAAGAGCAGGAUUCGGUAUCAAAGCAGGGCAUCCUUCAUGUGACCCUUCUCAACCAAACUACAGGAUGGGCCCAGCGACUUAGAAAUCUGUCAAGGGAACACGAAAGGGAAUAAUUAGCUGUUUGCAAACACUUUUUCCUUGUUGGGAGCUGCAUUUCUGAAAUUGUGAUUUUGCAGGUGACAGUAACAGUGAAUGCAGCAUCCUCAGCAUUUGUGUAGUCAAUAAGAUGGCACCCUUCUCUACCCAAAGAUUUCCUGUUGUGUGACAGCAGCAUCCUGCCAUCCUCGUAUCUAAUAGUGUGCCUUAGCUCUCUGGUCCCCUCUCGCAUCCCUCACCCUAUCUCUGACAGGCCUGAUUGAGUGGUGAAGAGAAGGAUGGUAUCCCAAAAUAAUUGUGCUUACGGGAAAGAAGUACCUCCCUUUUCCACAUACUUUCAGGAUGGAGGAACAGGUCUGCACACGUGCAGCGGUGCCCGCUUUGUAAAAUACCUGCUCGUGGUUUUGAGGCUCAUGAAAAUGGGCAGUAAAUAAAUAUCAGCAAAAGGUCUGCAUUUCCAAAAGUAGUUUCUGUAGAAAUGGCCCCUGCCACGGUGAAGCCUGUAGUCAUUUUGCCUCUGGGAGGAGCUGGCAGGAACCCUAGUCCCAAGCACAAGGGAGCUCUCCUCUGCCCCUCCCCUGGCAGUGCAGGACCACUGGGACCCUGGCUGGGUCUUCCCACACCGUCAAGGAACCUUUUAUGUUCACUUUAUUGAAAGCCUUAGUGCGUUUCAGGGAUAAGCUGUCCUAACCAGUGGAAGGAAGGUCCAUGUCCCCACCUCCCUGUUUUACCUAUCGAACAUUACUUGCCCCCCUCCUCCCUGGGGGAGCGACUGCUCUGAGUAAGAUAGGGACAGAGAGAGGCUCAGCAUUAACUGCUUUGUUCUCAGGAAGCACAGGGAUAGCCAACCGGCCUGAAGGCUUGAUGUGCACUUUGGAGCUCAAUUCCAGACUAGCAAGUGGAUGCCUUCUUCUGACUUUGUCUUCAAACAAAGCUCUUUUUAAGAUCACCAGCUGAGGAGAAGGAAGGAAGAAGGAAGCUUUAUUGAACUUGAAAAUCGCUGUGGGAGUCUGCAAGAACCAUAGCAGAGUGUUGAGGGAAAGUAAGGUGAAGCAGGGACACGGGUCCCCCCCGAACUUUCAUUUGCGUACACCCAUAUCCCUCCCUGCUGCUAGGCCACCUUCCCAUCAAAGAGCCACUUGCUCACAGCUCACCCGCCCCAGGGGGACCUCCUGCUGCAAUGCGCAAGGCAGGGCAUGUCACUGCCCCUGUCCCGCAUCCAGCUUUUGGGCAGUUCGCUCCGAGAUAGUGAUAAUCUGUUGCCCUGCUCCUAGGAAAGUUCAUGGAAGGGCAUUGGGCGAGCAAAGUCGGUGAGAAGACACACGGUGAAGGCAGAUGAACUACUGGCAUUUGCUUGUUUACAGUUGGGAAGAGGGAGCAUGUGCUCUGCUGCUGUGCAGAGGCGGUCCUGCAAGGGCUGCUCCUGCGAGGGCUGCUCCCACUCCCAGGGCAAACACCCCAUGGCUUUGGAGGAAACAAAAUCACGGGCAGUUCGUGUCGCAGGCACGUGGGGGGCUAUUUGGCAGCGCUCAUUUCAAAGGCGAACUGUGAAAGCAUCAGUACCAAGCAUCAUAGCAGGAAGCUAUGUUUUGUUUCAGGUCAUGGAGAAGACUGUUUAAUAAGUAAUUUUUAAAAAGCCAUCGUAUUUCAACCUUGAGCUAGGUCAGAGGCCUGCGAAGGGUUAGGAAAGAUGCUCGUUGAUCUCAUUUGGGCCUGUUUAGGCCUUUAAAAAAAACAACCAAAAAAACAAAUAAAAAACCAAACAAACCCAAUCCAAAACAUAACAGUGGAGGAAAUAGCAUUUGCCAUUAGGAGAGAAAACGAUGAAUCCAAGGAAAAAGAGAGGUGAUGGUUGAGUCCCAGGAGGAGAGGAGGCAGCUAUGGUGGCAAAGCAUCAUCAUUUCCAUGCAAUAUUUACUUAGAAGAAAUAAUACAUGUGUUGAAAUUGUCAAAUGUUUUAUUUUUAAGAUGCCAUUUAUUUAAUAGUUGAAAGCCCCACUUCUGUGGAGAUAGAGAUCUCUUCUGUAACUGAAAGUCAAAGUGUGACUGCAAUGUCCUUGAUUUUGGUUUUGUCCUCUCCUCCCCCUCUUAGUUCCUAUUAUAAAUCUAUACAUCUUAAACUUAUUUUGGGGCUGUAUGUCCCUCUUGUAAAUCACUUUUUCUGCCCUAUGUGUGAUGGAGUUUCCGAGAUGGUUGAUUCAUUCAUAUGGGGAAAUAAACAAUAAAUGAAGUAGCCUGUGUGUUAUGAGUUGUUGCAAGAGUCCUCGUGUUCUCACCUUCUUGUAAAGAAAUUGUAAUUUGCCUAUCCUCUCUGAAUGGUCUUAGUGUUUCCUUUCUGAAUAAGGUUUAAGUAUGACUUUCUGUACAAUAAGUCUGUGUUUCAAUUGCUCCCCUGUUUAUCACCCCUUGCCCUUUCAUUUAGGAGCAGGAACGGGUGCAAAUCUCGAUGCUCAGAGUGGCAGAAGGGUCACCACUCAAGACAUCUGCCUUCUGUCCACCUGAUAUGGAUUCAGGGAAGACUGUGCUGGAGUCGGCUGCUGAUGGCCACCAGAGCCUGGCUCUGAGCGCUCGCUGACAGGAAUAUCCCGGGUUUGGUUUCAUGCACUCAAACAAGUUAAAUAAGGAAACAAGGCACAGAAAGGGUGGCUAAAGCGUACUGCUCUGCGUUUGCCACAACGGUGUUGCAGGGCUGGGAGCUGGGAGGAGGGUCUGCUCAGGUCUAGUUCACGGAUACGUUUCUGAAGUGCUGCAAGGAGGAUUCCCCUCAGAGAAUCCCUCAGGAUUUCAUGCCCCGUGGUAGUUCUGCUUCUUGUUGGUCCUGCAAGGUGAUCUCUUUGCAAUGGCUUUAUUCUUCUUGUUUGGGCCUUUUCCCGCUUUUUGUUUUAUGUCAGGCAACGUAACUGUUCCUUGGAAGAAUGAUUUUUGCACCUCUCUCUGCACUAUUGUGAUGAAAUUCAUGUGUAUCAUUCAGGUCCUUUCUGCAACAGGCACUGUGCCUAAGAUAUUUGCUAAUAAUGGCUGUGGUUUUCUAAUGUAGUAUGUAAAUUGUAGAGGAUGCUGAAACCUGUUUUAAUACCCACUAGCUCUGUUGCUGUUACAGAUGUUGUGUAUAGAAAAGUACACUUUUUAGGGGAUCAGCGCACUUUUUCACUGCAUGCUUAAAAUCCCAAUGGCAAAAUCAGUAUUGAAGUAAGAAUAAAAAGAAAAAAUAUCUAGUUAGGCAAAAAAAAAUCGAAUGUGAAAUGUCCCCAGAUGAGCAUCUGGCGGGAUUUUUAGCUACAGGCUAGACAGAAGGAACUUGGUGGUGCGUUUGCUCAGGCAAGGUGGGGCUGGGACUCGGUUCACUGCUAUGAGUGUUUCAAGUGGCAUGAAACCAGGUCAGCCCCAGGCUGGUUGAAAGAUGCGUGGAGGGUAAGAGCCUGGGAAGGUAGCUUGUGGUUGUGGCCAUACAUAUGUGGAUUAAGCAACUGUGAAUCUUGUUCUGGUUUCGGUGGGAUGCAAGGUGUAGUUGGACACGAGCUGGCCUGUCUGCUGGCCUGGGGGGGUGAUGGUUUUCCUGGGUCACUCGUGUCCUCUGUCCCACCGUUUCCUUCCCUCUCACACCCCAAAAGGUAUGUUUCUCACUUGAGGCAAAAGCAAGGAGGGGGAAGGGGGAGCCAGGAGGCCAUGGGGCUGCAGCAGGCUUUGAUGGCCCCACUCAGCUUUCUGCCCUAGGGCAGCAGCCUGCCUUGGCUAAAAGGGCCAAAAAUGUUUUUGGGUUUUCCAAUAAUAUUUUCUUGGUUUUGUUUGUUUAUUUAUUGAGCCUUUAUUGGCCAAACCUAAUUUUGCAACUGUGUUUAAUUUAUUUUGAGAUUUUUAUAGAUUAUAGAUUAACUUGCCUUCUUGCUUUGGCUUGGCUUUUCAAAAACAGAUAUUAUUUUUGGCAAAACAGCUGCAUUAAAGUUGAUUGCAUUUUCUCAGCCCUAUGCUACUCUCCAAACACUAAGAUAGCCCAUUGGCAGCCUGUGCUUUCCAUAUAUUAAUUGCACUUUUAGUAACCCCUGUCACUGCCUGAAACCAACAGUGUUCCUGGGCCAUCAUCAGCAUUUCUGAAUGUGUUUCCAUAAACUUUGUGUUCCUAAAACGAGGACUUGUGUGAUCACUGCUGUUUUGCGAUGUUUUGUCAAGGUCCGGGGUUCCUGGAAUUCCUGCUGGGUUUUUCUCCUCUCCUGCUCAGUGUUGCCGAGGUUCAGGUUUUCUUUGGGUCCAAUAUUUCCUAUCAUAGCAAUACGGCAAUGUUGUCCACUUUUGUUGAGCCAGGAAAACUGCAUCCCAACUGAGAGGGUUUUUUUGUGUUCCCUUUCAAUAUUUGAAGCCAUGUAUCAGCCCGUGUGUGGUCUGUGGCAGCCGAAAGGUAUUUCUGAAAGUUGCUCCAACCUGUGCAACUUCUUGCUUGUUACACAUGAGGUGCAGCAGGCUCUGAACUUGCUCAUGAGCUCUCCUCGCUGUUCAGAGAAGAGCUGGUUAGGAUUCGGGGUCAGGCUUUUGCUUUAUCUCAUUUUUCUGGAGGGCCCUGGGAAAAGGGUUGAGCAAGACGCAAUCUGCGAAGCAGGGCAGGAGCUGAAGAUGUCGUGGUGUCUUCUUCGGGACGUGAAUGCGUACGGUAGUGCCAUGGGUGCCAGCAGGGCUCCUGUCAUCAGGUCUCCGGGCAGCACAUAAAUUGUUGCGUGCUGGUCAAACUGCUGCCCAUCUGUUCAGCUGCCAGCUACCCUGUGCUGGCAGCUCUGGGUCAUUUCUGUGGGAUUUCUAUUUCAGCUGUUAUUAUACAGGGUUGGGUUUUUUCUUUUUUUCACCCCGCUUUACUCAUCAUCGUAGAGUGUAAAUAAACUGCAAUUCUCAGUGAGAACAUCCUUAAAAAAUAACUGUUAGGUUUCCUGAACAUGGAACAUUGGUCUUAAAUCUGUUAAAUGGUCCUUGUCCCGUGAGGAGUUAUGAGCCAGUCCUCCCUCUCACAGCAGCUCUUCACGUGCUGGCACACAGCAGUGGCCUGGGUGUGGGAGAGGCACAAUGUCUUAGAGCCCCAGGGAGGAAUGAGGAUGCCAAACCUCUGGCAGAAUGGAGUCUCCAGUGGGAAAAGAUGCACUAAUAAGCGAGGGGAGAAGACUGAUGUGUUUGACUUCAGCACUGAAUCCACACUCUGAGGCUUCUAUGAAUUAGAAGUAUCUGCCUUUUAUAGUCCUCGAAAAAGACAAAAAUCACAUCUGUGAUACAACAUUAUAAAAAAAUAAUCUCUCCAAAGAUCUUUUGUUUGUUUGUCUUCUGUAUUGAGGGUGAA